AUGUGACAAAAGUUUAAUAAUCUGUCCAUGACGAUUAGUUUUGGGGUUAGAAAAACUUUUCCGUUACAUUCUGAAUACUAAUAAACUCCGUUCCCGACCCCAAAAAAAAUAGUGCAAGGGUAGCAAUCGUAGAGAACUAUUUUGUGGAAUUCAGAGGCGAUUCGCAGUCGCAAUGCCACUGAAAUCCGAGAAAGAUCUGGUUGAAAUUUGCAUUAGCGACGAAGAAGACGACGGUGGUGCCGGCGGUAGUGUGGGGAAUAGCGAUGCUUCCUCUAACAAAGCAGCUUCUGAGACCGACCCACCUCAUGAACCUCAAUCUCAAUCUCCCUCGGAUAACCGCACUUCUACAAUUGCAACUACUACUUCCGACCCUUCAAUCUUGGAUUACCGUAGUUUCUGGAAAGCCGGCUCUUAUGCCGUUAACUCCUCUAUCAAGCCCCCUUCCUCCCAAGAUCAAUUGGAGCAUGCUCGUGUUCAUCCCAAGUUUCUUCAUUCUAAUGCCACCUCGCAUAAAUGGGCUUUUGGAGCCAUAGCUGAACUGUUGGAUAAUGCAGUUGAUGAGAUACACAGUGGUGCAACCUUUGUGAAGGUUGAUAAGAUUGAUGUCAUGAAGGAUAAUACUCCAGCUUUACUCUUCCAAGAUGACGGUGGUGGAAUGGAUCCUGAAUGCAUUCGGAAAUGUAUGAGCUUAGGCUAUUCUUCGAAGAAGACAAACACGACUAUUGGGCAAUAUGGUAAUGGAUUCAAGACGAGUACCAUGAGAUUAGGUGCUGACGUUAUUGUUUUCAGUCGUUCAGCUCGUAAAAGCCAAGCUACUCAGAGUGUUGGACUUUUAUCAUAUACAUUUUUAAGAAAAACUGGGCAGGACGAUGUUAUUGUUCCAAUGGUUGAUUUUGACAUUAGUUCUAACUGGGCAGAACCAAUAAUUUAUGGUUCACAUGAUGAUUGGUCUUCUAACAUGAAAACAAUCCUUGAGUGGUCUCCAUUUUCAUCAAAAGAGGAGCUCAUGCUACAGUUUGAGGAUAUUGGAGCUCAUGGAACAAAAGUAAUUAUAUACAAUUUGUGGCUGAAUGAUGAAGGCAUAUAUGAGCUGAAUUUUGAUGACGAUGAUGAGGAUAUUCGGUUGAGAGAUGAAGCUAAUCGUGGAAGUUCAACUAAAUUAAACAAAAAAAUAGCUGAAAUACAAUCCCAUAUAUCUUACCGGAUCCGCUACUCAUUAAGGGCAUAUGCCUCCAUCCUGUACCUCAGAAAAUUUGCAAACUUCAAUAUAAUACUAAGGGGGAAACCUGUAGAGCAAUUUAAUAUAGCAGAUGAGUUGCAAUAUCCAAUGAUUGUACCAUACAGGCCCCAGAUGGGUACAAUAAUAGCUGAGGCGGUGGAAACAAAACUUGGGUUUAUAAAAGAGGCACCUGCUCUUCCAGUUUGUGGAUUCAAUGUUUACCAUAAAAAUCGCCUCAUCAGGCCAUUCUGGAAAGUCACUGUUGAUGGUACUUCAAAAGGGAGUGGUGUUGUUGGAGUUCUUGAAGCAAAUUUUAUAGAGCCUGCACAUGACAAGCAAGAUUUUGAGAGGUCAUCAUUAUAUAUUCGGCUUGAAACUAGGCUGAAACAAAUGGUUAAUGAUUACUGGAAAAACAACUGUCACCAUAUGGGAUAUCAGAUUCCCGGCACCAGUGUAAGCAAGAAACAAAAGGAUCACCCUGUACAAAAUCAAUCUUCUGUUGGACAUACCGCCAAUGUCGAGAAGCAGUUGCCAGCCAAUCGAACUACUGUUGGUCUUCCAGCUAAUGCCACACAGGAUUUAAGGAAUAGUGUACCACCUGGAUUUGGUCCGAGAACUAAUAUUCACAGUAAUUUGUCUGCUGGAUUGAAUGAAGUAGUUGACCUAGUAGAUGCGGCAGAUGAAACAGAAUCCUUGUCCGUUGAUCAGAUAUGUGAAGAAAAUGUCCAACUUUUCCUGAGGUGUGAAGAACAUGUGAAAAAACAUACUGAAUUAAAACAGAUGAUUGCAAGCUUGGAGAAGAAUCUGGAGGAGUCCAAAAGGAAGUGCAUUCAACUUGCAGCCUAUGUUGAGACUAAGAAGAAGCAAAACUUGUCAAAUCAAACUUCUGAAAAGGUUUGAAUCAGGUGAAACUACAAUCUGAACCGUUGGCUGGCCGAUGAUCACCUUUGCGAAAUCGCCCUUUGUCGAGAAAAUCUUUGUGUACAUUCAUGUUUUGAUCUGUACAGUUUCCUCUGUAAAUGUUCUUAAAUGUGGUUUGAACCUUAAAAUGGUGUAGGCUUACUAGUAAGCUGGUCGGUUUUACGGCGUUGUGAAGCUCGGUUUCUCUGUGGAAAGUUCAGGAUUUUGUUAAGAAGGUUGAAAUUUGCAGAGGGGAAAUUUUGUGAGAGAAAAGACUAAGCAAAAGAAAAGGGAGUAAAUUUUUAUGAAAUUUUAUAAAAAAAUUCUUUUCAAGCUUUUCUCUUUGUAAUUAUUAAGUUCAAACAAUUCGAGGGAUCUUCAGCAGGAUUAUGUUUUAACUUUUUUAUUUUUAAUUAGUAUUAUACAAACAAUUAUAUGGAAAAGAACUAUAUAAUGUAGGAGAACGGCAGCAAUUAUUAUUUUUUUUA